AGCCAACAAGUUAACCAUUUAUAAGCCGCACUCAUCUUUGGAACCACCCAUCAGCAUCUGACUAGAACCAUCGAGUCUUCCCCAUCUCCACCACUGCUCCCCUACAACCAACAGGCUUACAGGCAAACAAAGAAGUCAUAUUCUCUUGGAGGUUCUGAAACCCCGGCUAACCAUCUAGACAAUCACUCUUACAAACUACACCCUUUGCACUUGCUACUCCAAGCUAAAUACUCCAGACAAGCUACCGAUCGAAAUGUACCAUCCAACGAUCCCUUUAGUCGCUUUAAUCUUCCUAUCUCAGACUUAUUCUCGGUUCAUAGAGCCUGGUUUGGUUCCGAUAAACCCUAUCCAUCUUCAGCGUCGCGGGAUCGAUCAGGCUAUUCUCCUGAAAAAUGGUCAAGAGGCUCAAAAGCUCAACGCAAAGUUCUCUGGUAUGAGCCCUAACUCGCCAUGUAAGAUAGGCGAUUCGGCAUGUAUCUCUGGAGGAUUCUCGCAAUGCGUAGGAGGUAAAUAUGUGGGCGAACCUUGCGCCGGAGGUUUGAAAUGUUUCGCGAUGCCUCUUUUAUUGAAGAAAGGAACUUCCUUAGGAUGUGAUACCGAGCAGGAUGCCAUUAGUAGGAUAAAGAAUACUGGUGCCACUGGUGGGUUGACUGGGCCCGGCGGGGAUGCAGGCAAGCUAUCAGCACCUAACUCCACCCAGACAAGCGCAAACGGAGAUAUGAACGGUAUGCAAUCUGAUUCGAAUGAGCAAGAUGUCGAUUGCACUGGAUCGAUGGCGGAUGCAGCUGCGGGUACGGACAAAAGUUCGACUUCAAUGGAUUCCUCAGUAGGAUCCUCCAAUCCAUCUAGCGCGUCAGACUCAGGAACCAAUGAUGCAAAGAAGUCGACCCACCCAAUGGAUUCUUCCUCAGGAGCUCCCGAUUCAUCUGACGCCUCGGCUUCCGGUACCAACAUGAAUGACGCGAAAAAAUCGACCGCAUCGAGCGACCCCAAGUCGGAUUCUGGCAAAGCCUCGGAGGCAACUAUGAAUUCAUCCUCCUCCUCGGAUGUUAAGGAACCUAGCCGCAAGGAAUCGGGCUCAAAAUCCGCUGACGACAAGAAAAAUGAAGCACCGGUUAAAGGAGCUGACAAUGAGAGCGUCAGUUUUGUGAAGGACGGGUCCGAAAAAAAAGACUGUGCCGGUGAAUCUUAGCUCCAACGCAGAGCUAGGAGUAGGACCUGUGGCGGUUUCUCUGAUCUCCGUUCCUACUUUUGAGUUUUUCUUUUUUUACGAGUUUUGCUAUGAGUUUUUUAUUUUU